CCGGCUGCUUCCUGUAUAGGGAGAGGCGGGGAGAGGCGGAGCAAACACAAAAAGUUCAGCGUCAUUUUCCAGAAGUUAAAAUGUGAGAGAGCAGCAGCAGAGCUGCAGUCGAGUCUUGUUUGUCACUAAAAGAAGAUUCAUCCAAGUCCAUCAGGUUUCUCUCAGCAACAGUGAGUGCAGACAUGUCUGCUGCCAGCAAUCUGCGAUCUGAAGAUCAGUUUCUGUGCUCCAUCUGUCUGGAUGUGUUCACUGAUCCAGUCACUACAUCAUGUGGACACAACUUCUGCAAAAACUGCAUAUCUCAGCACUGGGACAUGAAUGUCAUGUAUCAGUGUCCCAUGUGUAAAGAGACUUUCUGCACUAGACCUCAGCUGAGGGUCAACACCUUCAUCUCUGAGAUGGUUGCUCAGUUCAGACGUGAAGCUCAGCAGAAAGCCAGCAGCAGCAGCUCAGAGCAACAAGCUGCCAAACCAGGAGAAGUUCCCUGUGACGUCUGCACUGGAACCAGACUGACAGCCGUGAAGUCCUGCCUGGUGUGUCUGACCUCCUACUGUCAGACUCACCUGGAGCCUCAUCUGACAAAGGAAGGUCUGAAAAGACAUCAGCUGAUUGAGGCUGUGAAGAACCUGGAAGGAAGGAUGUGUACGAAGCAUGAUAAACCGCUGGAGCUGUUCUGUAAGACCGACCAGACAUGUGUCUGUGUGUUUUGCCCUGUUUUAGAUCACAAAAACCACGAGUUUGUUCCUCUGAGAGAAGAAUAUGAAGGAAAGAAGGCAGAGCUGGGGAAGACAGAGGCUGAGAUUCAGCAGAUGAUCCAGAAGAGACGACUGAAGAUUCAGGAGAUCACAGAGUCGGUGAAGAUGAGUAAAGAUGCUGCAGACAGACAGAAAGCAGAAGGUGUUCAGGUCUUCACUGCUCUGAAGGAGUCUGUUGAGAGACGCCUGAAGGAGCUCAUGAAGGAGAUCGAAGACAAACAGGAAACAACAGAGAAACAGGCUGAAGGUCUCAUCAAAGAUCUGGAACAGGAAAUCUCUGAGCUGAUGAAGAGAAGCUCUGAGGUGGAGCAGCUCUCACGCUCUGAAGACCACCUCCACCUCCUCCAAAGCUUCUCUUCCCUGAAAGCUGCUCUACCCACCAAGGACUGGAUAGAGGUCAGAGUCCAUCCACCAUCAUAUGAGGGGACUGUGGUGAGAGCUGUAGCUCAGCUGGAGGAGACAAUCAGGAAACUCAUGAAGAAGAAGCUGUUUGAGGCUGAGCUGAAGAGGGUCCAGCAGCAUGAGGUGGAUGUGACUCUGGAUCCUGAUACAGCACAUCCUAAUCUCAUACUGUCUGAUGAUGGAAAACAAGUGUAUGAUAGUGAUGUGAAGAAGAAUCUUCCAGACAACCCAGAGAGAUUUUCUUACUAUGGUAUUGCUUUAGGAGAGCAGAGUUUCUCUUCAGGCAGAUUUUACUUUGAGGUUCAGGUUAAAGGAAAGACUAAAUGGGAUAUAGGAGUGGCCACAGAGUCGAUCAACAGGAAGGGACAAAUCACACUGAGUCCUCAGGAUGGUUUCUGGACUGUAGCGCUGAGAAAUGGAAAUGAGUACAAAGUUCUUGCGGGCCCUACAGUCCCCCUCUGUCUUCAUCCGGGUCCUGAGAAGGUGGGGGUGUUUGUGGAUUAUGAGGAGGGUCUGGUCUCCUUUUAUGAUGUAGGUGCUGCAGCUCUGAUCUACUCCUUUAUUGGCUGCUCCUUCACUCACAAACUCCACCCAUUCUUCAAUCCCUGUCUGAAUGAUGGUGGUAAAAACUCUGCCCCUCUGGUCAUCUGUCCUGUCAACCAAACUGAGUUGAUCAACGACUGAUUUUAUUUGAUGAACAAAUGAACAUAUUGAGUGUAAAUCCUCUACAGUCUCCAUGUUUUCUAUUGGAUCUGAUUAUCAGGACUCUGAUUCACACAUUCAUCUGAUUCUCAUGGAAUUUGAUGCAAAAAGAAGAAAAGUUGAAUCAGGAAAUGUUCCCACUAGUGUAGACUCGAGCUGAAGAGCAAAUAUCAGAGAAUAAAUGUCCAAAAGCUUCAUUUUAAAUGCUUUGAGUGAAUACAGAAUCAUGUGUGGCUGUUAUACGGAACAUUCAGAGUUCAGCUGAGGGGAGUUAUGUUGGAUAGAAAGUGGUUUGGUUAUUUGGCUCUGUGAGGAUUUUUGUUCACUGAAAACUGAUAAGACGGGAUAAUAUUCAAAGAACUCUAUAGAGAUUCAUACAUCCAUGUUCUCCACCUGGAGGUGUGGAGGAGAAAGUAGCAGGUGGACCACAGAUUGCUGCGUUCUUCUGGUACAUCAUUUUGAUGUGAUGGUUAUAUUUCCAUGUUCUGAUGAUUUAGUCUAAAGACAAACAGAGAGUUGCCCCAAGGUGCUUUAUCUUGUAAGGUAAAAACCCUACAGUAAGUUCAAACAUAAGCUUGAAUGUGUUACUGAUGUGUUACCAACAAGCAGGAAGUUCUUAGAAAUAAGUUAACCAGGUUUUUUUUUAGAGUUUGAUCGAUUGAAGCAGGGACUUUACUUCAGUCCUGUGAUUUUACUGUAAACCCAACCAAGACACCUCCUAACAGGAAAAGAACAUUUAGAGUCAGAGACAAAAAAAUAAAGGUAAAUGCUGUUUAAUCAAUAUAGCGCAUAAUUAAAUAAGCCAAACUGUCAAACUUCAGACAGCUGUGGCUGAACAUGUAUUUUCUUCCACACAAACGCAAACAAAAGCGAAGUGAUUUCAAUGUAAUACUGAAAAAGUAAGUGCUCUGUAUAACAAGACUAAAGUAUAAAAAUGUAAACUCCAUGCUGUCUUUUACUGUUAACAAUCAACAAAUCUCAAAUCACAGAAGUGAUGGUCUCACAGUAGAGUUCUAUUAGAGAGUCCUGUUUUGUCCUCUGCCUAUAUUAAAAAAAAAGAAGUUUAGUCUAAGGAGCUUGGAA